UGCUUCCUGCACCGGCUCAUUGCUGCCCUGCGUUUCUUCUGGGAUGGCCACAAGGCAAAGGCACCUGCUGCGCUGAGCAGUGAAGAGGCGUAUGUCCCUCCCCAACUUUUCUAUAAUGGGAAGGUGGAUUAUUUUGACCUUCAGCGACUCGGAGGUCUUCUGUCUCACCUCAAGAAGACUCUGAAAGAUGACCUGGCUGCAAAAGCCAAUGUCCUAAUUGACCCUGCGGAGCUGCAGGCAGUGACUAUGGAUGAUCUGGAUGAAGAUGAGGAAUCAGCAACAUCAGCAGCACAGUCUCAGCGUCCCUCUGCCACCCUAGCCAUUGGUGGAGCUCUUGCCAGACCUGGCUGGCUCAGCUCUCCCACCCUGGGCCGUGCCAACCGUUUCCUCAGCACAGCGGCCGUCAGCCUGAUGAACCCACGGCGACCUCUUGGUACCCUUGAGAAGGUCAAAGUACGCACUCUAAGUGUGGAACAGCGUACGGAGGAGGACAUUGAAGGCAGCAAUGGAAAUGAGGGUCUCUUACUGGGGAGACCUCCAGAGGAGCCAGACCAGCCCAUCACAGAGAACUCCCUCCUGGAAGUCCUGGAUGGGAUAGUGAUGAUGUACAACCUCAGUGUCCACCAGCAGCUUGGGAAGAUGGUUGGUGUGUCAGAUGAUGUGAAUGAGUAUGCUAUGGCACUGAAGGACACAGAGGAAAAAAUCAGCCGCUGCCCAAAGAGAAGGAGAGACAUCCAUGAGGAGCUGCUGAAGAGCCAGAAGGUCUUCUCUGAGAAACUCAAUCACCUAAGCCGACGCCUUGCCUGGAUAAAUGUCACCAUCUACUCAAAGGAGAAGAUGCAGGAUAUCUACUGGCUGCUGAGAGUGUGCAUCCGCACCAUUGAGCAUGGUGACAGGACAGGCUCGCUUUUUGCUUUCAUGCCAGAGUUCUACCUCAGCGUGGCUAUGAACAGCUACAGCGCACUCAAGAACUACUUCAGUCCUGUCAAUAGCAUGGAGGAACUUCCAGGCUAUGAGGAAACCCUGAUGCGCCUCGCUGCCAUCCUGGCCAAACACUUUGCUGACUCAAGGAUUGUGGGCACAGACAUCCGGGACUCCCUGAUGCAGGCGCUGGCCAGCUAUGUCUGCUACCCCCACUCACUGCGUGCUGUAGAGAGGAUCCCAGAAGAGCAGCGGAUCUCCAUGAUGAAGAACCUCCUGGCUCCCUACGAGCAGCGGCCCUGGGCGCAGACCAACUGGAUCCUCGUCAGGCUGUGGAGGGGCUGUGGCUUCGGAUACAGAUACACGCGGCUCCCACACUUGCUGAAAACCAAGCCUGAGGAUGCCAGCCUCCCCAGCCUGCAGAAGCCGUGUCCCUCCACCCUGCUGCAGAGGCACAUGGCAGACCUGCUCCACAGCGACUGUGACUUGGCCCCCAGCUUCCUGAACAGCGUCCUCAACCAACUGAACUGGGCUUUCUCCGAGUUCAUUGGCAUGAUUCAGGAGAUCCAGCAGGCUGCAGAGCGCCUGGAAAGGAACUUUGUGGACAGCCGCCAGCUGAAGGUGUGCGCCACGUGCUUCGACCUGUCGGUCAGCCUGCUCCGCGUGCUGGAGAUGACUGUCACUCUUGCCCCCGAGAUCUUCCUGGACUGGAAUCGCCCAUCGUCGGAGCUGCUGCUUCGGAGGCUCGCCCAGCUCUUGAACCAGGUGCUGAACCGUGUGACAGCUGAAAGGAAUUUGUUUGACAGAGUGGUCAACCUCCGUCUGCCAGGACUGGAGAGCGUGGACCAUUACCCGAUCCUCGUAGCUGUGACAGGAAUACUGGUCCGGCUGUUGGUGGACAGUGAUGCUCAGGGGGCUGAGCGCGCGACGGCGGUGCUGCUGGCGGACCCCUGCUUCCAGCUGCGCUCCAUCCAGUACCUCCUGGGCCAUGCCGAACCUGCAGCCAUGGCAGCAGCUGCUGCGGCCACAGAGAAACGCCACUUCUCCCUGAGCACAUACACGGAGUACAUCAGUGCCGAGGAGCUGUCCAAGGUGGACAAGAUGCUGAGCCAUCUGAGCGAGGAGUCCAAGCAGGCGGCUGCCACCACGCUGCCCACCAGCGAGGAGGACCUGUGCCCCAUCUGCUACGCACACCCAAUCUCUGCCAUCUUCCGGCCCUGCUCCCACAAGUCCUGCAAAGCCUGCAUCAACCAGCACCUGAUGAACAACAAGGACUGCUUCUUCUGCAAGGCCACCAUCACAGGGGUGGAUGAUUUCACCAAGCCGGCCGGCUCCUAAUGCCUGGCCCUGCACAUGGGUCUGUCCCUAACACAGAACAGGGGCUGCAGGGAGGGAGGGGCCAUUCUCAGGGAGGGGAGCGCGAGGCCUCAUUCCCACAGCAGCCCCGCAUGCAGUGAGCGCUGCCUGGGGCCGGGCUGUGUGUUUGGGCUUUGAGACUUCGGCCCUGGCUGGGGGCUGACUUCGUGAAAUGCAGCAUUAAAUUAUUCUUCCUUACA